GUCUGCUGUUAUGUAGAAAAGCCCCGUCCUGUGGGGGGUAUAAAAAGAGCCUAGGCUCUUGAGUGUCUCAAAGUCAGUUUUGUGAAAUUCUCCCAAACUGAAAGGACUGUACGGCAUUCAGCAGUGAUGAACUCUUUCCAGGACACUCAAUCUGAUUUGGAGGUGAUCUUAGAGUUCCUAGAGGAGUACUACAGACAACACGCUGGAGAAAAUGUGGACAAGGUGUACUGGACUGCAGAUGAGAGAUAUGCACCUGUGCAUGAAGAAUCCUACGAGCACCGUUGGACGUGUGAUGAACCACCUAUCAUCAAACCUGCACUUCAGCCUUUGCUGGCACACGACGCCCCGGCAGCUCUCAGCCACAACACAACAGCAACAUUGUGUGAGCGUGGGUCACUGCCAAACUUUGUAUCAACAAGACAAGCAACCAAACACACAGCGGGGAGCGGUGGAAAGGUGCGCCUCUUUCACUUUCUCUUUGAGAUGUUGGAGGAUCCCAACAUGGCCCACUGUGUGUCGUGGGUGCCGGCAGCCGCGGGCGUCUUCCGCUUCUCCUCCACGAACAAGGACCAGGUGGCGGCGCUGUGGGGGCAGAGGAAGGGCAACAAGAGGCCCAUGACGUACCAGAAGAUGUCCCGCGCCCUCAGGAACUACGCCCGGUCCGGAGAGAUCUUCAAGGUGAAGAAGAAGCUCACCUACCAGUUCAGCCGAGACACGCUGACGCUGCUGCAGAAGUGUCGACGAGGAGAUUUGUAAUGUGGACUAGCUCAUAUCAUGUCAUAUAAAACUCUAAAGGUGCUCUUUUUUUAAUGUUUGUUUUUUUUAUCUAGAAGCUUUAGGUCCCAUAUUGUGCUCAUUUUCAGGUUGAUACUUGUAUUUUAUGUUUCUAC